AUGGGCAAAGGUGAUGUCGUCUUUCGUGGGGCGCCGCCCCACAUGUCUGUGGACUGUGCGCAGGCUCGCGGGAGAUCCUGUCGCAAGGCCUGGGAUCAGGGACACUACUAUCUGCAAUGCCCCAAGAUCGGUGCAAUUUACAUGACAACCACGGCCGCGUGCUACACAUGCUUUGGGGUGUCGCCCGAAUGGGUGACUUCUCUGUGGCAAAGCUGCAAGAUCACCAAAGAGACGGCCGAGAAAGAAUAUGUGAAGUGCAAAAAACACGUCCGGGCGUACCUGGAGAAUGUGAAAUUUCACACCCAGUGUGUUCGUGCCGAUGCUGUGGCUGAACGACAGGCAGCUGCCUUGCGUGACUUGCAGCCCUUGAUGAGAGACCCCAUUCGAGUACAGCAGGUGGAGUCCGAUUUUCUGCCACAAUUCAGACGGCCAAUGUUUCGGCGCAAGUUUCUUGUCUUGACAGGCCCUACAAGAUUGGGAAAGACUAUUUAUGGCCGUGGCUUGUUUGGGCAUGAUGCCACUCUGGAGCUCAACUGCUCCGGCGUCCUUCAUCCGGACUUGCGUGAGUACGACCCACUUCGCCACAAAGCAAUCCUUUUCGACGAGGCCUGCUGCCAGAUGGUUUUGGCCCACAGAAAGCUUUUCCAGGGCCCUGUCGAGGAAGUCACUUUGGCCCAUAGCUCCACGAACAUGUACAGCUACUCGGUCUUCGUGUAUGGUGUGGCCAUGCUGAUUACCUCUAACUCCUGGCGCACAGAGCUGCAAGAUUGCAGUCCGGAAGACCAGGAAUGGCUUCGUGGAAAUUCGAUAUGCAUCGAUUGCGAUGUUCGCAGCUUGACUAAGCAGAUCAACGCGCUGGCCCGUUCAAGUCGCAAAGCGAAACGACGGGAACUUGACGGGGGCUUGUCUCCUGCGCAGUGCGUGAGUUUGCUGGCUGUCUACAUCUUGUCCGGCUUCAACGUUGCAUUGGCAAUUGAAUUUUGCAGGCAGAAGAGGCAUGCCUGUACAUGGACUGAUGAGGACACUCAAGCGUUCGUGGAGAACCUGUACUUACAGCAGAGUGUCGAGGAUCUGGUUCGCAUCGAGACGGAGCAAAGCAAGCGCCGCCUGAUGGCAGUGCGGUUCAUAGCAAGUUGGGAGUGCCACAACUUUGCAAUCCACGCCAACCAGCAAGGGGCUGCGCCGUCAACGGCUCUUGUUGCCAGGAACUAUGUCUUGCAUGCUGCCCAGCUGGCUGCGGAGGCAGUGCCCCCCUGCCUGCAGCGUCGUGUUGAGCAGGGACCUGCUGCGCUUCCUGCAGCAAGGCGGGGCCUGCGCAAAUGGUCCCGGCGUUUUCGACGUCGCUGGGGCUUUCGCUGGGGGGCGUUGGAGGCUACAGAUUGCUCGUCGGUGCAAGAAACGGUGGACAAGGUGAGCCUUUUUUGGCACCACGCCGACUGGCUGACGUCACGCGUAGCGACGGACCGUGUCCCAGUCUACCUCAACCUGGAUGAGACCAGCGUCGCCUACUCUUUCUAUGCAGCACGUGGCUGGAUCUCGAAGAAGGUGCGGCGGCCGAGAGCCAGGGUUCCAGCCGCGCGUCGUCGAGGGUCCAUCACGCACGUGGCGCUCAUUAGCAGCGUCAUUGCUCUGCAGCCACACCUCCCCCAGAUCUUGAUCUGUGGUCGCAGGUCUGUGAGCAAGUCCGUGCUUGCCCGUUUUCAAUCGAUUGCACCAAAGAAUGUGGUCAUUUUCCAUCAGGCGAGUAGUUGGAACACCGCGAGCAUCAUGUGCGAGAUACUCCGCCUGGUGGGAGCAGUGUUGCGGGCAAAGUUUCCGUCCUACCAAGGCAUCCUGCUGCUUGACACUGCUCCAAUGCAUGUUGCCCCUGCCGUUGUUCGAGUGGCGCGACUGCAGCAGCUCUGGCUGCUGCCGGUGCCUCCGUCCACAACACAAUACGUUCAGCCGCUCGAUGUGAGUGUCUUCAGCCAAUACAAGGGCUUCCUGCAGUCUCGCAGCCGCGAUGUUCGCAUCGAACGAGGCGGUGUUGACGUAGAAGACUGGCUAAGACUUGUUUUUGCCGCGUGCGAUGCUUUUCUGAAUAACAAAGCUUGGUACAAAGCCUUUGCUUUGGUAGGCGUACCUGCGGACAGCCAACAAGGAGAAUUCGCAAGGUUGUUGCCCAAGCGGUGCAAGAUUGCGUUUGAUGACUGGAUUGGGGAAACGCCCCACCAGAAGAUAGAGCGUCUCAAGCGAGAGCGCCGCGAAGCAAAGGCUCUUGCCAAGCAACUUACAAAGGCAGUGAAGCAGCAAGUGCGCAAAGUCAAGAAGGUGCAGGAAUCUUGCAUGAUGCGAACUGACGGACAUGGAAUGCUCUUCGCCGCCAUCUCAGACAUGGAGCGCACAAGGGGACUGACGGACAUGGAAGCUCUUCGCCGCCAUCUCAGUCCUGGAGCGUGCAAGGGGUGCUCAGAGAAGGGUCCUGCUGCGUUCCUGGUGGGUUCUGUGGUACGAUCAGUACUGCGUGACUUUGUGAAGGACUUGCAGCGUCGCUUUCACUUGGAUCGCGCCACAGCUGCCUUGGAGCUCCACAGCCAAGUGAGUCUUGAGCGGAAGCAGGCGGCUGUGCACUUGCAUCUGAUGUGGGACAGCAGAAAAAGUGUGUCCAUGGGCAAAGGUGAUGUCGUCUUUCGUGGGGCGCCGCCCCACAUGUCUGUGGACUGUGCGCAGGCUCGCGGGAGAUCCUGUCGCAAGGCCUGGGAUCAGGGACACUACUAUCUGCAAUGCCCCAAGAUCGGUGCAAUUUACAUGACAACCACGGCCGCGUGCUACACAUGCUUUGGGGUGUCGCCCGAAUGGGUGACUUCUCUGUGGCAAAGCUGCAAGAUCACCAAAGAGACGGCCGAGAAAGAAUAUGUGAAGUGCAAAAAACACGUCCGGGCGUACCUGGAGAAUGUGAAAUUUCACACCCAGUGUGUUCGUGCCGAUGCUGUGGCUGAACGACAGGCAGCUGCCUUGCGUGACUUGCAGCCCUUGAUGAGAGACCCCAUUCGAGUACAGCAGGUGGAGUCCGAUUUUCUGCCACAAUUCAGACGGCCAAUGUUUCGGCGCAAGUUUCUUGUCUUGACAGGCCCUACAAGAUUGGGAAAGACUAUUUAUGGCCGUGGCUUGUUUGGGCAUGAUGCCACUCUGGAGCUCAACUGCUCCGGCGUCCUUCAUCCGGACUUGCGUGAGUACGACCCACUUCGCCACAAAGCAAUCCUUUUCGACGAGGCCUGCUGCCAGAUGGUUUUGGCCCACAGAAAGCUUUUCCAGGGCCCUGUCGAGGAAGUCACUUUGGCCCAUAGCUCCACGAACAUGUACAGCUACUCGGUCUUCGUGUAUGGUGUGGCCAUGAUUACCUCUAACUCCUGGCGCACAGAGCUGCAAGAUUGCAGUCCGGAAGACCAGGAAUGGCUUCGUGGAAAUUCGAUAUGCAUCGAUUGCGAUGUGCCUCUGUACAAGCCGUGA